AGAUUCAUCAGAGUGUUUGUUCCUGGUACAGGAGAGGAAGUCCAAUAAUUGGUGCUGCAGUCUCUCCUCCUGAAGCAGAGCAUGGAUGAGUCUCUCCAGAAGCGUUUCCUCCGGUCACUUCGCCUUUAGGACAACAGAUUCCUGCUCAUCCACCUUUUGUCCAGGCGGCCUGUUCGCUGUGUCUGAUGCAAAAUUCCAUUAAGUGUGUGGUGGUGGGGGAUGGGGCUGUGGGUAAAACAUGUCUGCUCAUCAGCUACACCACCAAUGCCUUCCCAGGAGAAUACAUCCCCACGGUAUUUGAUAAUUAUUCUGCCAGUAUGCUACUGGACGGGAAACCAGUGUCCCUGGGUCUGUGGGACACAGCAGGACAGGAGGACUACGACCGACUCAGACCUCUGUCCUACCCUCAGACGGAUGUGUUCCUGGUCUGCUUUUCAGUGGUCAGUCCAGCUUCUUAUGAAAACGUCCGUACCAAGGUUAGGAUUGAUCCGCACAUCACUACAUAUCAUCCUUCCAGAGCAUUCAGACCAAAAACGGAUUUACCAAAAUCAGAAUUGGCAGUGGAGUGUGGAGCUGAAGCACCACUGCCCCAACACCCCCAUGAUCCUGGUGGGCACCAAGUCCGACCUGAGGGACGACAAGGACAUGAUUGAAAAGCUGAAGGAGAAGGACCUCUGUCCCAUCACCUACCUCGAAGGUUUGGCCUUAACCAAGGAAAUAGGUGCGGUGAAAUACCUGGAGUGCUCGGCUCUGACGCAGCGUGGCCUGAAGACCGUGUUUGAUGAAGCCGUCAAGGUGGUGAUAAGUUCUGUGACCGCUCCCAACCAGAAGGUCAAGAGGAAGUGCACCGUGGUAUAGUGAGAUCCACAGAGCCGCUGUCACAAGAAUACACUGUCAAUCAACCAGCACUUCUCAGACAGUCAGUCUCAAUACAAAGUCAUCAAAUACAAAUAUACAGGCAACAACCAAUAAUCUUCCGAAAACCCAAUCGCUACUGUAGCUUUAACUUGAGGUUCCACCCGCUGACCUUUCUCAGAAGACUUGGAAAGGGUCUGCAGGGUUCGUGGGCUAUGAGCAAAUCUCAUAAACAGGUUGGUGUAGAUCAGAGGAGACUCCAAAUGUGACCUUUCACCUUCACUAACUACCUCCACCCCCCAAGUCCCUUGAAUAUCCAAGGAUACUAUAAGAAAAUCUCAUGAAUCUUUAAUGUUUUUAUGAACCUGAAGUGAUCUCUUCUCUUAGUAGUGUCUGAAUAUCUGUCAUAAUAUCUGAAUAUGAAGGAUUAUCUCAUGUUGUUUUCUUAUAAAUAGUAAUUAUCCAUGUUUGGUUGUAAAUUAAAACAGUGAUUAAUGCUUUAAA